GUUACUGGCUAGCCCAAAUGGAUCCCCAACAAGAACUUAAAUUUUUUUGUCGAGAGAGCUGUCCCUGCAAAAUAAAAAUUAGGCCCGUUUCGAUUAAACGUCGUUGUUAGGUAUAUGCUCGUUGAGAAGAAACACGACAGGGGCGUUGACAACUUGGAGUUACGCCAGUGCCACCAACAGUAACUUUUUUUUUUUAGAGUUCUCGAAUUUUGAUAGGAAGGUACGUUUCCCUUCAAGUCGUGAUCCAUUCAGUCAGUCAGUCAGCCAGUCCUGCCAGUCUAGUCAGUUUCCUUAUUGAGUUCUUCCAACGACACUCUUCUGCACGAUACUGGAGCUGCUGAAUUGCAACUUCUGGAUUUUAAUCCUUCCCUAAUAAAAUCGUUUAUUUUGUGGCUUCAUUCUUGCAGCUCGCAAUUGCCCUCCUUUUAAGUCAAUCUUUCGCUUGUGUUUGUGCCUGGUCACAUUCUUCAGCGCCGUUCUUCCCACCCACUUCUUCCUACCAUUUAUUUGCUGCCUGAAGCUCUUUGAAAUUUUCCCUAGCAAAUUCUCGAGUGUCACAUCUCCUGCUCUUUGCUGAGUCUACGGAGAAAAUCUUAAUCCAUUAGUUCCAGCCUCAACCUCAACUCCAAUCGCCGCCAUCCCACGAUACCAUUAAUCAUGUAUGGCACCGGCAGCGGCACCGGGCCCCAAACGGGUGUCUCGACCCCUCGAUCAUCCUCUUCUCUCCGCCCUCUAACUCUUGCGCAUGGAUCUCUGGAUGCCUCAUUCCUUGUCCCCACUAGUGCCCAUUUUCAUGCGUCACAGCUCAAAGAUAGGUUUACGGCGGGCCUUCCCGCACCGACAGAUGAAUUAGCUCUAGACGAUGAGCCCUCGUCCGUAGCCGAGCUUGUCGCCAGAUAUAUGGGAUUUGUUGCUCACGAGGUAGAAGAGGGUGAAGAUGAUGCCCAGGGCUCGUAUGAGGAAGUACUCAAAUUAGUUCUGAACGAAUUCGAGCGAAUGUUUCUUCGGGGGAAUGACGUCCACACCUUAGCAAAGAACCUCCCCGGUAUUCUUGCCAAGCAAAUUACUGUCGUGCGAUGCUACUACGCAGCCCGUUCUGUAGCAAACCGUGCCAUCAGACCCCAUGAAUCUGCACUUUUAAGAGCUGCCGACGAGGGGAAUGCCGUCAUCUACAGCAUCUUCGGCGGCCAAGGGAACAUCAUCGAAUACUUUGAUGAACUACGUGAGGUAUACGAGACGUAUCCCUCAUUCGUGGGUGAACUUGUCACAUCAUCCGCCGACCUGCUUCACAACCUCGCACUAGACCCCAGAGCAGAGAAAUUAUACGCCAAGGGACUUGAUGUGAUGGAAUGGCUUCGUUCCCCAGAUUCUACGCCCGAUCCCCAAUAUCUAAUUUCAGCUCCUGUCAGUUUGCCUUUAAUUGGAUUGGUACAAUUAUGCCAUUACCAAGUCCUCGGAAAGGGGCUAGGUGUCCAUCCUGGAAUACUACGUGACCGUAUUCGCGGAGCGACCGGCCAUUCCCAGGGUGUUAUUGUCGCAGCUGCCACGGCCGCCGCAGAUUCGUGGGAGUCAUACGAAAAGCUCGCCAAGGAUGCGCUUACAAUUCUCUUCUGGAUUGGUGCUCGUAGCCAACAAGUGUUUCCCAGAACCUCAUUGACGCCUGUUAUGUUGCACGACUCCAUUGACAAUGGCGAAGGAGACCCAACGCCUAUGUUGAGUAUUAGGGACUUAUCCCAGAGUGAGGUUCAGAAGCACAUCGACGCUACGAAUCAAUACCUUCCUGAGGAUCGGCACAUUGCUAUAUCGCUAGUUAACAGUCCCAGGAACAUGGUCGUCACAGGCCCGCCGAUUUCUCUAUAUGGUUUAAAUCUACAAUUACGAAAGGUCAAGGCGCCUACGGGCCUCGAUCAAACUCGAAUCCCUCACACAGAGCGCAAAGUUCGAUUUGUCAACCGCUUCUUGCCCAUAACAUCUCCCUUCCAUAGUGCAUACCUUUCUGAUGCGACUAAGUUGAUUGACGAAGACCUGAAAGACAUUCACAUCAAUUCCGAAUCGCUCGGAAUCGCUGUCUACAACACAUGUACCGGUGCCGAUCUGAGAGAUGAGGUCAAGGGUGAUAUUGUCCCCUCCUUAGUUCGUAUGAUUACGCGAGACCCGGUCAACUGGGAAAAGGCAACGGUCUUCCCAGAAGCAACUCACGUAUUAGACUUCGGUCCUGGAGGUAUCUCAGGUCUUGGUAUCCUCACCAGCCGUAACAAGGAGGGUACAGGUGUCCGUGUCAUCCUAGCUGGUACCAUUGAUGGUGCCGCACAAGAAGUAGGCUUCAAGUCUGAACUCUUUGAUCGAGACGAGGAACAUGCUGUAGUAUACGCCAAUGAUUGGGUCAAGGAAUACGGCCCUCGGCUAGUCAAAACGACGAGCGGUCACACUUACGUCGACACGAAGAUGAGCAGAUUAUUAGGCGUACCUCCCCUUAUGGUUGCUGGUAUGACCCCAUCUACUGUACCCUGGGACUUUAUCGCAGCAACGAUGAAUGCGGGUUAUCAUACUGAACUAGCCGGCGGAGGUUACUAUAAUGGCAAAACGAUGACAGAGGCUCUGUCUAAAAUUGAAAGGGCCAUACCGGCUGGACGAGGAAUUUCGAUUAACUUGAUCUACGUCAACCCCAGGGCUAUGGGCUGGCAGAUUCCUCUCAUCGGGCGUCUCCGUGCCGAGGGCGUCCCCAUCGAAGGAUUGACCAUUGGUGCAGGCGUUCCGUCCAUAGAGGUUGCUCAGGAAUAUAUCGAAACUCUCGGACUAAAGCAUAUUGCAUUCAAGCCAGGUUCUAUGGAGGCAAUUCAAGCUGUUAUCAACAUUGCCAGGGCAAACCCAACGUUCCCUGUUAUUCUUCAGUGGACUGGUGGCCGGGGAGGUGGUCAUCACUCAUUUGAAGAUUUCCAUGCGCCUAUCCUACAAAUGUAUGGCCGUAUUCGAAGAUCAGACAACAUUAUACUCGUCGCCGGAAGUGGGUUUGGUGGCGCUGAAGACACAUAUCCGUACCUCACGGGUGAAUGGUCUAAGAAAUAUGGCUACCCACCCAUGCCUUUUGACGGCUGCCUCUACGGCAGUCGCAUGAUGGUCGCGAAGGAAGCACACACAAGUAAGGCCGCCAAACAAGCCAUCAUCGAUGCCCCAGGACUUGACGAUAGUGAAUGGGAGAAGACGUACAAAGGUGCGGCAGGUGGCGUCAUCACUGUUAGAUCAGAAAUGGGUGAGCCAAUUCACAAGCUUGCCACCCGAGGUGUACGUUUCUGGGCUGAAAUGGACAACAAAAUAUUUGGCCUGCCAAAGGAAAAGCGUGUGGCCGAGUUGAAAAAGAACCGAGAGUACAUUAUCAAGAAACUGAACGAUGAUUUCCAGAAGGUAUGGUUUGGUCGAAACAAGGCUGGCCAGACAGUUGAUCUUGAAGAUAUGACAUAUGGCGAAGUUGUGCGAAGAAUGGUCGACCUUCUCUACGUCAAACACGAGUCACGAUGGAUCGACCCGUCCUUCAUCAAGCUCACUGGUGACUUCAUUCAUCGUGUUGAGGAACGAUUCACUACAAAUCCUGGCCAACCCUCCUACUUACAGAAUUAUUCUGAUCUUAAUGAGCCGUUUUCUGCCGUUGAGAGGAUUCUCUCAUAUUAUCCCGAUGCUGAAACCCAGAUCAUCAAUGCCCAGGAUGUCCAGCACUUUUUACUUCUAUGCCAACGCCGUGGCCAGAAGCCCGUUACAUUUGUACCUUCUUUGGACGAAAGUUUCGAGUUCUACUUCAAGAAGGACUCUCUGUGGCAGUCCGAAGAUCUUGCAGCGGUCAUAGACCAAGAUGUUGGCCGAACUUGUAUUCUGCAGGGUCCCACCGCAGUCAAAUACUCGACCGUCAUAGACGAACCCAUCAAAGACAUUCUAGACGGCAUCCACAAUGCUCAUAUUGCCAGCCUAACGAGAGAUGUAUAUGCCAACAAGCCGGAAGCUAUUCCUACCAUUGAGUAUUUCGGCGGUAAGCUCAUUGACACUGAAAUGCCAUUGGACAUUGAAGGCCUCACUGUAUCAUAUGAUCAACACAAAAACACGUAUCGUCUAUCGUCAUCUCCUGCUGUCACUCUGCCACCCGUUGAUAGUUGGCUUGCGCUACUAGCAGGACCAAAUCGCAACUGGCGGCAUGCAUUGUUCACUUCGGAAGUUUUGGUUCAAGGUCAUAAAUAUCAGACAAACCCAAUGAAGAGGAUAUUUGCUCCCGUUCGUGGGCUUUUUGUUGAGAUCCUCUACCCGAAUGAUCCUACGAAGACGUCGAUCAUCGUCCGCGAACAGCCUCGCCACAAUCAUUACGUCGACGUCAUUGAAGUUAAGUUAGAUGGACAGAGCGAGAUUGUCGUGAGCAUGAUCAAGGAGAGCACUGCUCUCGGUCAGCCCGUAUCACUGCCUCUCCGGUUUAAAUACCGCCCCGAAGCUGGGUAUGCACCAAUUCACGAGGUCAUGGAAGGACGAAAUGACCGCAUUAAGGAAUUCUACUGGCGUGCAUGGUUUGGGGAUGAGUCGUUCGACCUCGACACUCCUGUUACUAGCAAGUUCGAUGGCGGACGGACUACGAUCACCAAGAAAGACAUCAACGAUUUUGUGCAUGCCGUUAGUAACACUGGUGAAGCAUUUGUUGACCGCCCUGGCAAAGUGAUGUUCGCGCCCAUGGAUUUCGCCAUUGUUGUUGGAUGGAAGGCAAUCACGAAGCCUAUCUUCCCCAGAAAGAUUGACGGCGACCUUCUUAAGCUCGUGCAUCUUUCCAAUGGCUUCCGCAUGAUGCCAGGCGCUGACCCUCUUCAGAAGGGCGACGAAGUCAAGACUACGGCGCAAAUCAAUGCUGUGAUCAAUCAAGAAUCUGGCAAGAUGGUCGAAGUCUGCGGUACUAUUUACAGAGAUGGCCAAGCUGUCAUGGAGGUUACAUCGCAAUUUCUGUAUCGUGGUGUUUACACCGACUUUGAGAAUACCUUCCAACGCAAAAUGGAGACGCCGAUGCAAGUCCAUUUGGAUACCUCGAAGGACGUAGCUGUGCUUAAGUCUAAGGAUUGGAUUCAAUUCGAUAAUAAUGAUAUCGAACUCCUAGGCCAGACAUUGACAUUCCGCCUUCAAAGCUUCUAUAAGUUUAAGAACCGGACUGUUUUUAGCAGUGUUGAGACCCGUGGCCAGGUGCUUCUAGAGCUUCCCACCAAAGAGGUUAUUCAAGUCGCGAGUGUCGACUACGAGGCUGGAGUGUCCCAUGGUAACCCAGUUGUAGACUACCUCGAACGUCAUGGUUCUUCUAUCGAGCAGCCGAUCAACUUUGAAAACCCCAUCCCUCUUAGCGGCAAGAAGCCCUUACAGCUUAAGGCUCCGGCUUCCAACGAAACUUAUGCCAAGGUCUCGGGCGAUUACAAUCCUAUACACGUUUCUCGUGUUUUCUCUAGCUACGCCAAUCUUCCUGGGACCAUCACUCACGGCAUGUACUCCAGUGCUGCCGUACGUGGUUUGGUGGAAACCUGGGCGGCUGAGAACAAUAUUGGACGCGUCCGUAGUUUCCAUGCUUCUCUUGUCGGCAUGGUGUUGCCAAACGACGAUAUUCAAGUUAAACUUCAGCAUGUUGGAAUGAUCGGUGGUCGCAAGAUCAUCAAGGUUGAAGCAAGCAACGAGGAUACCGAAGAGAAAGUUAUCCUUGGCGAAGCUGAGAUCGAGCAGCCCGUUACGGCAUACGUCUUUACGGGCCAGGGAUCCCAAGAACAGGGCAUGGGUAUGGAUUUGUACAAUACAAGCUCGGUUGCCAAAGAGGUGUGGGAUAGGGCCGACAAUUACCUCUUGGACACAUAUGGGUUCUCUAUCCUAAACAUCGUGAAGAAUAACCCGAAGGAAUUGACCAUUCACUUUGGGGGUCCUCGCGGAAAGGCUAUUCGGGAAAACUACAUGCAGAUGAACUUUGAGACCAUUGCCGCGGACGGCUCCGUCAAAUCUGAGCGCAUCUUCAAAGACAUCAACGACAAAACGACGUCUUACACGUAUAGAUCACCCACCGGUCUUUUAUCAGCAACUCAGUUUACCCAACCUGCUCUCACCCUGAUGGAAAAGGCCAGUUUCGAAGAUAUGAAUGCCAAGGGACUUGUGCCGCGAGACAGCACCUUCGCAGGUCACUCCUUGGGAGAGUACUCUGCCCUUGCUGCCUUGGCAGAUGUCCUCCCUAUCGAAUCGCUAGUCUCGGUUGUUUUCUACCGUGGGCUUACCAUGCAAGUUGCCGUCGAGCGAGAUGCCCAGGGCCGGUCUAACUACUCCAUGUGUGCUGUAAACCCUAGCCGAAUCUCGAAGACUUUCAGUGAGGGUGCUCUCCGAUAUGUAGUUGGCAAUAUCGCCGAGGAGACCGGCUGGCUCCUCGAGAUUGUGAACUACAAUAUUGCAAACAUGCAGUAUGUCUGCGCUGGCGAUCUACGUGCGUUGGACACUCUUACCGGAGUUUUGAACUUUCUGAAAUCGCAGAAGGUCGAUAUCAACCAGCUUCGCCAGGAUCUGAGCAUCGAAGAGGUCAAGGGGCACCUCGUUGACAUCAUCAAGGCUGCCUCCCAGAAGACGUUGGCCAAACCCCAGCCUCUGGAAUUAGAAAGAGGAUUUGCCACCAUUCCCCUGAAAGGCAUAGAUGUGCCAUUCCACUCGACAUUCUUGCGGUCAGGUGUUAAGCCUUUCAGGAAUAUUCUCCUGAAGAAGAUUCACAAGACUUCUAUCGAUCCCGCCAAACUGAUUGGAAAGUACAUUCCUAACGUGACGGCGCGGCCUUUCGAGCUCACAAAGGAGUACUUCCAAAAUGUGUAUGAUCUCACAGGGUCCCCCAAGAUUGCGCAGAUCUUACAGGAUUGGGAAAGCUACCAGGAUGAUGUUAACGGCGUCAAUGGCGUGAACUCGCCGCCUAUUCAAACUAAUGGUCACUAAAAGGACGGUGUGCGGCUUGGGAUGUCCUGGAUGAUGGAACGCAUGAUAUCAAUGGUGUUAUAGAUUCGUUGCAUUUGCUAGUUUUCUGCUACUGUGUUGACGAGGUUUGGGAUAGGGACGUUGUUUUCGGGUACCCUAUCUUCCUAUAGAUAGAUACACUCGGAGUUGAGCCAUUUUCAAUUGAUGAAUAUUCAGUUA